AUGGACGCCGGCUCCUCAUCGUCGCCGCUCCGCAUUGUGAUCGUCCCGUGGCUCGCAUUCGGCCACCUCCUCCCGUACCUGGAACUCUCCGAGCGGCUCGCCGAGCGGGGCCACCGCGUGUCCUACGUGUCCACGCCGCGCAACGUCGCCCGCCUCCCGCUCCCGCUGCGCCCCGCGGCGGCGCCGCGCGUGGACCUCGUCGCGCUCCCGCUCCCACGCGUUGACGGCCUCCCCGACGGCGCCGAGUCCACCAACGACGUGCCCGACGACGACCGCGAACUCCACUGGAAGGCCUUCGACGGCCUCGCCGCGCCGUUCGCGGAGUUCCUGGCCACCGCGUGCGCCGACGAGACCACGCGGCCUCACUGGAUCAUCGCCGACUCUUUCCACCACUGGGCAGCCGCCGCUGCCCUAGAGCACCAGGUGCCAUGCGCGAUGCUUCUCCCGACCGCUGCGUUGAUCGCCACCUUGCCUGACCUGCCGGAGGAGCACCGUCGAGCACGUGGUCUUCCCCGUUACGAGCAGGAGAUGAUGGACCCGGCUUACAACAACUAUGGCAUAUCGGGUAUGUCCAUCAUCCGGCGCUUUAACUUGACAAAAGACAGGUGCACCGUCGCGGCCAUCCGGAGCUGCAUCGAGUGGGAACCCGAGUCCUUCCCACUGGCGGCGACGCUCCUCGGCAAGCCGGUCGUUCCCCUCGGCCUUCUCCCGCCGUCACCCAAGGGAGCUCGCCGUGCCGCUGCCAAAGGAGCAGAGCAUGCCACCGUGCGGUGGCUGGACGCGCAACCUUCCGACUCCGUUGUUUACGUCGCCCUAGGAAGCGAGGUGCCGCUGCGCGUGGAGCAGGUGCACGAACUGGCCUUCGGGCUGGAGCUCGCCGGGACGCGCUUCCUCUGGGCCCUGAGAAAGCCCAGCGGCGCCGCUGUACACGACGAGGACGGCGUGGACAUGCUUCCUCCGGAUUUCCAAGAGCGCACUCGCGGCCAGGGGCUGGUGACCAGGGGAUGGGUUCCUCAGGUGAGAAUCCUGGCGCACGCCGCCCGGCCGCCGUGGGCGGGUUCCUGA